UUUUUUAAACUUGUGUUUUUCUGGUUGUUUUCUUGUUUGUCUCCCUCUCUCCCUGGGGGGUCUGUGGCACGCAGUUACACAGUUCAGAACAGGAACAGACAGGCAGUUUGGCACAAUGGCCACAGCGCCAAGUCUCUCACACAUAUACAGUACAGUUCACAUAUAUUAAUCAGGGAAGGGGAAAAAACGCAAAAUUGUAUGAUUUUACAAAUUACCUCCCGUGAAACAUAAACUAUAUAAAGAAGGUUAUCUUUAUACUAUAAACUACAAUCAAAAUGGUGGAGGGGGUCAGACCACAGACUUGCACUGCCACACCUCACAGCUAGAGGGCAGCGUGUGCGCUCAAACCUGGACAUUCCCCGCUCGUCAUAAAACAUGACAUAAAGGAAAUUCACACAGUGGGUGUUUUUUUUCCCUGGUUUUUGUAUUUCCUUACCAGCAUAACAACCCCCCCUUCCUAAAAAACACUCACUGUGUUUCUGUGAUAUGGAUGACAUCAUGAGCACGAAAGUGCACUUAGACUCAGUUUCUCUCCAGCUCAAACAGAGGGUGCGUAUGACUGGAAGUUCCACAGAACCUCAUGGCCACAUAAGCAUACAUAUAGAGCAUGUAUGCAGGUAUAAUGGCCUUAAAUGUGGACAUUAAGGGACAGGCACUUCCUGUUGAGUGACAGGUAAUUCAUCACAGCAGGGGGAGACCUGGUCAGCUGGGGAGUGAGACUCUGAGAGACAUGCGCCUGUUUCACCUGGACAUGUCAGAGUACAGGUAGAACACCUGCCCCUUAUACAAAUAAAUUCCUGGACCCCACCUUACCACAAGAUGAUCCCACUCAGACUCAAUUAAUUUUCUUCCAGAAAGUUCUUUUUUCCGCAGUCUCUUCUUCCCUGAACUUGCAGACCUCUGGUGAAACUCUACGCUUUGUGCUGGACGCUGCGCUGUAACAGAUUUCAAGACGGCGCUACUUAAAAUAACAGUGGCUGUUAGUGGCUCAAAGGCCUGAUCUGGUCUCAUCCCUAAUGAACCGUAACCAUGGAAAUGAGGAGCAGGAAAACAGGUAGGGUAGACUUCUCACCAUUCCACGGCCAUGUCCGAAUCAGCUUACUUCCCUACUACUGAGUAUGUAUAAGUUGAGUACACUGGAUGAGGAAGUUGUUAAGUAUGCAAAAUUCAUCUAAAUGUAGUAAAUAUAGUAUACUUUAUUUCUGGGGUUUCGCUGAGUGUUGGGUGUACUCGGGAGCAUACUUUUAAACCAUGCUCUUUAGAUGGUCCCAUAAAUCAGAGAAGAAAAGGCACAAAUAUUAUGGGGAGCUUUGCUUUAAAAAUGAAGAGCAGCUUCGCUGACGCUUCCUGCAACAACAACAAGGACAUGUGAGCAUUGCCCGCACAAGGGCAGAACAUCCUUAUGCCACGUACACAGAACGAUUAGUACAGAGGCUAUUGUUUUCACACAGCCCAUCAUGCACUAAACUGUAGGCACUAUGUUUAGCAGACAGUACAUAUUUUGAGGACACAGUAGGUAGGAGGCUGAUAGGGCCAUGACUCUGCUCAAAACCAUGGGUGGGGUGGGCGAGAGAGAGAGAGAGAGAGAGAGAGAGAGAGAGAGAGAGUGUGUCUGUGUGAGUGCAUGCACGCCUGAGUUUAUUAUUACAGUUUGUCUAAUAGAAAAACCAGGAAUGAAUAUGUCAUGUCUACUACAGUCAUGUAACAAAAAGAUUGUUUUGAAAUUAAAUUCCAUAGAGAUCUCAGAUACUAUAGCAGAGGUGUGUGCAUGUGUGUGUGUCCAGCUAAUAGUUUUACUUCAAAGAAAUAAUCAGAUUGUGAUCCAGACAGCACAGCUUCUUGUAGUUAAUAAGCAACAAGUAUUUACCCUCGGUAAAUAGUCCACCCUACUUAGCAUGUGCGUAUGAUAACAUGCGUCACGUGAGCCCAUUGUUUGACUUUGGUUUGAUUUUUGUUUGGGGAUGUCGAAUAACAAUUCUGUGGCACACGCGACUUCAUUUUGUUUCAGAACAGACAUAAUGCACCGGCCUUCUGUGCCGUCUGCGUGUUUUUACUUGAUCCCCCUGAUACCACGAAGUGUUGGUAUUUGCGGGCGGGCGGCGCGAGAGUUGAACUCGUUAGCACACGCCUCGGCUGCGUCUCCCCCAGCCGCCGCUCAGAUGACACUAAACCACUUGGCCCCACCUUGUUCAAGCGGCAGACGUCAGAUCUCCGCACAUAAUUUCCAAGCUGCGUCGCUGCCAGCAGUUCGGCAUGCCCACCGCGGGAGAUGGCCUCCGAGGCUAGCGCGCUGGAGGAGCUGCACAGCGAGCUCACCUGCCCGGUGUGCCUGGAACUGUUCCGCGAGCCCGUGAUCCUGGAGUGCGGACACCACUUCUGCCGCCAGUGCAUAACUCAGUGCUGGGACGCCAAGCCGGAGGAGAACCCUACGUGUCCGCAGUGUCGGAAGACAUGCACCCUGAAACUCCGUCCCAACUCGCUCUUGUGUAACGUCGUUGACAGCGUCAGGCGCGCCCGGGCGAUGGACACGCAGCCGAGGACACCGACGGUGUCCCGGGAGAGGACGCUUAGGCUGCCGGUCAGCGGGAGCAGCCCGGAUCUCGUCCCGGAGCCCGACCUGUGCGAGGAGCACGAGGAGAAGCUCAAGCUUUUCUGCGAGGACGACCAGGUGGCCAUCUGUCUGGUCUGCGGGAUGUCCAGGGACCACAAGACGCACAGCGUCAUCCCGAUCAACGAGGCUUUCGAGAACUACAAGGAGAAGCUCUCUGCUGCACUGCAGAGGGUGGAACUGCAGAUGGAGGAGGCCUCCUGCUCUCAGACUCUGACCAAUGAGAAGAUGAUGGAUCUAAAGGAGAAUGCUGGGACGCUGGAGGAGCAGAUCAGCUGGGAGUUUGGGCAGCUGAGGCAGUUCUUGGACCGUGAGGAAGAGGAGGCCAAGGCCCGAGUUCGCAGGGAGAAGGAGGAGAGACUGCGGCUGCUGGACCAGACGCUCACACACACCACCCAGCAAAUCAGCACCCUGGAGAUCACUGCACAGCUCCUGCAGGAGAAACUGAGAGAGGAGGAGAACCCUGCACAGCUGAGGGGAAUCAGGAAUUUCAUCAGCAGCGCUGAGACGCUGUUCCAGCGCCCCCUGGAGGUCUCCACGGACCUGCAGGCUGGCGAGUUUGUGGGGCCCCUGCAGUACCGGCUGUGGAGGAAGAUGAGCUCCAUCCUCAAUCCAGCUCCCGCCCCCGUGACCCUUGACCCCGACACGGCGUACCCGCGGCUGGCGGUGUCUCCCUGCCGCACCAGCGUGCGCGUGGGCGAGAUCCAGCCCAACCUGCCCGACAACCCCGAGCGCUUCACGCUCUACAACAUCGUGCUGGGGUCCCAGAGCUUCUCCUCCGGCAGGCACUACUGGGAGGUGGAGGUGGGCGGUAAGACGGCCUGGGGGCUGGGCGUGGCCUCCGAGUCGGUGAACAGGAAGGAGGAGAUCAGCCUGUGUCCGGAGGACGGCUUCUGGACGCUGGUGCUGCGGAACGGGGACGGGUACGAGGCGUGCACCGGCGCGGAGAACCUGCUGCGGUUGCCGCGGAGACCGCGGCGCGUGGGCGUGUUCCUGGACUACCCGCGCGGCCUGGUGUCCUUCUACGACGCCGGGGACAUGAGCCACAUCUUCACCUUCACCGACCGCUUCCACCGGCCCGUCCACCCCUACUUCAACCCCUGGCCAAUCAUCAACGGGCACAACGCAGAGCCCCUCAGCAUCGUCACCCUGCGGCCGUGACCUUGGGGACCUUGGUGACCUUGUAGGGGGGGGGGGGGGGGGUGCAAAUACAAUAUCUACCUGAGACCCCACAGACAGUUGAACUUUUUCUCAUAAUACACGUGUCUUAGGAGGCUUUAAAAGCAAUAAACCUUCAUCAGAUUCAUACUCUUAGAUCUGCAUGAAAACCAUGUGAUUCGAGUGGGUUGUCAGACGUGUUUAAGACUGAAGUCAUCGUGCUCGAGUGGACAAUGACUGUGACUGUACCACCACACUGUUUAUCAUUGACCCCCUGCAUCACCUUUUUUUUAAGGUGACUGAUGUCAUCCGUAUAUCAACGACACACUCGACCAUUUCACAUUUAGAUGAAUACCUCCUUAAGUCUCUACUUGCUCUCUCCUCCCAGGAUAGCGAUCCUGAAAUAGGGCGAGAUCAAAGCUAAAUGGUCCAUCAUCAUUUCCAGCCCUGAUUGUGCUGCAACAUUAUUUUAAACACAAAAUGCUGAGUGAAUUUAGUCAUUUUAUCUGUGUACUAACCUGACACAUUAUACUGUAUUUAGUUCUUUAGUUCUAGGUCUAAUAUUAUAAUUCAUUGUUAUUCCGAAGCAGCUACAAAUAAAUGUUCCACUGGUAUAUGGUGUAAUAAAUAUCAAUAUUAUAUCAUAAUAUACACAGGAUAUGAUAUAAUCAUUUCAUGUAUCAGGGUGGCAGAUGGGAUCUAGGAGCAUCUGAGAUGUUUAUGGUUUUAGUCUCAUUCUGGCUCUUGCUCAUCGUGACAUCACUGGAUCCACAGUGAGGCUGAAUGAUUGCAGGUGCUGUUCUGCCGUAAGGUUCUGCCAGGUGAUGGAACUGCAGAAAGAGUGUGUCUGACAUCUAGUGGAGAAAGCUGGAACUGCAGAAAGAUUGAGUCUGACAUCUAGUGGAGAGAGCUAGAACUGCAGAAAGCGUGUCUGACAUCUAGUGGAAAGAUCUGGAACUGCAGAACGAGUGCGUCUGACAUCUAGUGGAGAGAGCUGGAACUGCAGAAAGAGUGUGUCUGACAUCUAGUGGGGGAAGCUAGAACUGCAUAAAUAUUAUGGUACUGGCUGAGUGACUUACCCCCAUCCAGAGCAGUGUAUGGCAUUAAUAAAUAAAUAGAAAAAUAUAAUAUCACAGCAGUUUCCAUCCUCCAAGGUGUCAGAUGUUCAGAGUCUUAUGCUCCUGACAUCAUGUCACAGCCCUGAUGGUGCAGAUUGCUGACAUUUUGUCACAUUUCAUUCAAACUUUGGCCCAAAUUCUCAGAAAAUAUGGCUCAGUCAUUAUGCUUGUGCUAUACUUGCUGCUGGGAUCAUUAAAAACAGUCUCAUUUUUGUUCA